AUGACCUCGGUGUGGAAGCGCCUGCAGCGCGUAGGCAAGCGGGCCGCCAAGUUCCAGUUUGUGGCCUGUUACCACGAGCUGGUGUUGGAGUGCACCAAGAAAUGGCAGCCAGAUAAGCUGGUGGUGGUGUGGACCCGGCGGAACCGACGCAUCUGCUCCAAGGCCCACAGCUGGCAGCCGGGUAUCCAGAACCCAUACCGGGGCACCGUGGUAUGGAUGGUACCUGAGAAUGUGGACAUCUCCGUGACCCUCUACAGGGACCCCCAUGUGGACCAGUAUGAGGCCAAAGAGUGGACGUUUAUUAUUGAGAAUGAGUCCAAGGGGCAGCGGAAGGUGCUGGCCACAGCCGAUGUGGACCUGGCCCGCCAUGCGGGGCCUGUGCCUGCCCAAGUUCCGCUGCGGCUGCGGCUGAAGCCCAAGUCGGUGAAGGUGGUGCAGGCUGAGCUGAGCCUCACUCUCUCAGGGGUGCUGCUGCGGGAGGGCCGUGCCACGGAUGAUGACAUGCAGAGUCUUGCAAGCCUCAUGAGCGUGAAGCCUAGUGAUGUGGGCAACUUGGACGACUUUGCUGAGAGUGACGAGGACGAGGCUAACGGCCCAGGGGCGCCUGAGGCACGGGCUCAGGUCCCCCUGCCUGAUCCCUCUAGGGAGCUGAAGACACUUUGUGAGGAGGAGGAGGAGGGCCGAGUACUGCCCCAGCAGGCAGCUGCUGGCCCUUCUAGUGCUGAGGAUACCAGCCCAGCCCCUGUGAGUGCCCCUGCACCCCCGGUCAGGGCCUCCCGGGGCCAGGGGUCAGAACCAGCUACUGUAGCAGGGGGUCAGGUGGGGCCUGAGACCCUAAGGCCCCUGGGGACCCCACUGGAGACCAGGUCCUUGAGGCAGCCAGACCAGGACAUGGCCCCCACCCCAGCCCCUCGGCUCCGGAAAGUCUCUGACGCCUCGUGGCCCCCCGUCCCCCAAAGGGAGGACGAGGUCCCCAAAGCCUCAGAGGUUCCCCCAGCAGGCGUGGGUUCUGCCAGCGAGAUCCAGGCCCGGGCAAGCCCUCAGGAAGGGACAGAGGCCCAGGGAGCUAAGCUGGGCCCAGGCAUCAAGGAUGGAAGCUCCAGAGAUUCUUUGGGAGGGGAGAAACCCAAGGUUGAAGAGGGGAGCAAUGAGGACAGGCCAGAGGCUAGUGGAGAGGACGCUGAGCCUGGGUUCAGAGUCAGAGAGGUGAACACUAAGAAGUCAGGGGUCAGAGCUGGGGAGCCUGAAGAGAGUUUAGAAGUUAGGCAAGUGGAUGCUGAGCAGGGCUCAAAGGUGAGACAUGUGGACACUAAGGGACCAGAGGCUACAGAGUUGAUGCCUGAGACAAGAUUCAGAGGAACUCCUGAGGCUCCAUCAAGGGGCUCUCAGGGGAGUAUGGGGGUGAGGACAAGGGAUGAGGCUCCCACAGCCUGGAGCCCACCCCCAGCAGAGCCUGCAGGGUGCUCUGGGCAUCUCAGUGACCUCAAGGGGGCCAGUGCUACUGCAGGCCAGGAGAGAGAGGACACAGAGGUCAGGGGCGGAACCCCUGGUGUUGGGGGGACAGGCGUGGAGCAGGGCCCCUCUGUUGGAGCAACAAGCAUCGGGCCCCAGGUGAGCAGGUGCCAGGGGGCCCCAUCAUCAGCUGACCAGGGGGUGAUAUCUAGGGAUCUGGAAGUCUGGGAGGCAGAAGCUGGGGAUUCAAGGGUCCUGGGAACAGAGACUGAGGUGGCAGAGUUGGAGGUAUUGGGGACCCAGGAGACAGAAGAGGGGGGAUCAGGGUUCCCAGAGAUAGAGACUGGGGCAGUAGGAGCUGAGAUUUUGGGGGCUCAGGAGAUAGAGGCUACUGGGAUGGCAGAGUCUGAGUUACUGGGGACUCAGGAGACAGAGGGUGAAGGUUCAGGAGUUCUGGGGAAAAAGACUAUAAUAGCAGAGACUGAGAUAUCGGAGAUCCAGGAGACAUCUGUGGGUUCCGCGGUACUGAGGAUAGAAGCUGAGAUAGAAUCUAAGAUAUUGGGGGCCCAGGAGACAGAGGUGGAAGGUCCCGGGGUAUUAGAGACAGUGGCGGGGGAGGCAGAGACUGAAAUUUUGGGGACCCAGGAGACAGUAGCUGAGGGUUCAGGGGUUCCAGGGAUAGAAGCUGAGAUAGCAGAGUGUGAGAUAUUAGUGGCCCAGGAGACAAAGGUGGAGAUUUCAGGGGUUCCAGGAACAGAGACUGGGGCAGCAGAAGCUGAGAUAUUAGGGGCCCAGGAGAUAGCAUCUGGGGGUUCAGGGGUCCCAGCAUCUGGGGGUUCAGGGGUCCCACGGAUGGAUUCUGAGAUAGCAGAGGCCCAGAAAACAGAGAUGGGGGCUUCAGGGGUCUCAGGGCCAGAGGCUGGAAUGGCAGAGGAUGAGGUACUGAGGACCCAACAGACAGAAGCUACAGUUUCAGAAGUUGAGAAGGCAAAGGCUAAGACUUUGGGGGUCCAGGAGGCAGAGACUGGAGUCUGGAGAGCUCUCAGAUAUGAGGCUUUAAAGGCUCCAGUCACUAAGCAAAGAAUUUUAGGGUCCCAGGAAGCAGAGGCAAAGAUUUCAGAAAUACGAGAGGCAGAAACUAUAGCUUUGAACGUCCAGGAGGCAGAGGCGGGGGUUUUGGGAGUGUCAGGAGCCAAAUCUGGGGCUUGGGGGGUUCAAGAAGCAGCGACAGAGAUUUUAGGGCCUCCAGAGAUCAAAUCUGGUAUUUCUGAGGCCCAGGAAGCAGAGGCUGGGGUCUUGGGAACCGAGAAGGGGAAAGAAACUGAGGGAAGCCUCCCAGAGGCCAGCCCGAUUGAAGUGCAGGUGGCCAGUGGGGCAGAGGCUGGGGCACCCAGGCCCUCGGGGGCCUCUUCCCCAGAGGAGCCUGAAGAGGACAGGAGGCUGCCGGGCAGCCAGACACCACCUGCCCUGGUCAGCUCCAGCCAGUCCCUGCUAGAGUGGUGUCAAGAAGUCACCACUGGCUACCGUGGCGUCCGGAUCACCAACUUCACCACAUCCUGGCGUAAUGGUUUGGCCUUCUGUGCCAUCCUGCACCGAUUCUACCCAGACAAGAUCGACUAUGCCUCCCUGGACCCACUCAACAUCAAACAGAACAACAAGCAGGCCUUCGAUGGCUUCGCGGCCCUGGGCGUGUCGCGGCUGCUGGAGCCGGCGGACAUGGUGCUGCUGGCGGUGCCGGACAAGCUCAUCGUGAUGACGUACCUGUGCCAGAUCCGCGCCUUCUGCACGGGGCAGGAGCUGCAGCUGGUGCAGUUGGAGGGCGGCGGCGGCGCCGGCACGUACCGCGUGGGCAGCGCCCAGCCCAGCCCGAUAGCAUCUGGGGGUUCAGGGGUCCCAGCAUCUGGGGGUUCAGGGGUCCCAGCAUCUGGGGGUUCAGGGGUCCCACGGAUGGAUUCUGAGAUAGCAGAGGCCCAGAAAACAGAGAUGGGGGCUUCAGGGGUCUCAGGGCCAGAGGCUGGAAUGGCAGAGGAUGAGGAAGGCCUGAGUCCUGAUCCCAGUCCUGCCUCGGGCCAACCCACAGCCUCUCAACAGUCUCCUGGUGAGAGUCCGCCAUUGGAAGAGCCACCCCCAAGCCCAGGGGAAGAGUCUGGGCUGCAACGGUUCCAGGACACAAGUCAGUACGUGUGCGCAGAGCUGCAGGCCCUGGAACAGGAGCAGAGGCAGAUAGAUGGGCGAGCGGCCGAGGUGGAGACUCAGCUGAGGAGCCUCAUGGAGUCAGGUGCGAACAGGCUGCAAGAGGAGGUGCUGAUCCAGGAGUGGUUCACCCUGGUCAACAAGAAGAACGCUCUCAUCCGGAGGCAGGACCAGUUGCAGCUGCUCAUCGAGGAGCAGGACUUGGAGCGGAGGUUCGAGCUGCUGAGCCGGGAGCUGCGGGCCAUGCUGGCCAUCGAAGACUGGCAGAAAACAGCAGCGCAGCAGCACCGAGAGCAGCUCCUGCUGGAGGAGCUGGUGUCGCUGGUGAACCAGCGCGACGAGCUGGUCCGGGACCUGGACCACAAGGAGCGGAUCGCGCUGGAGGAGGACGAACGCCUGGAGCGCGGCCUGGAGCAGCGGCGCCGCAAGCUGAGCCGGCAGCUGAGCCGGCGCGAGCGCUGCGUGCUGAGCUGA